ACAGCGAUAAUAAGUGAGCAGAGAGCACCUCGUCGCGGUACAAGAACACUCAACUCCGCCAUUGUGUACUCAGAGGGAAUUCCCUUGUGACAUUGCGAGAGUGAUAUUAUACGUAGAGAAAUCUUUGAGAUAUUGUUCUAAUUUGCGCCAAGCAGGAAAGCGGUAGAAAAGCAAAUCAGUGUGCUUGCAGGUCGAAUCUCGACUGGCUGGCAGUCGUUGGUGUCGGUAGUUUUGUAAAUUAGUAUAUCCUCACGAUAUAUUUUAGUUUAUGUAUCCACUGGCACCGCAUUUCCCUGGCCUUUGACGGAUGACGAUGAAGACAUCAGAGCCGGGCCGUCCUCCGUCUGUCGACUCCUUGGGCAGCUUGUCCAUCCCGUCUCCCACGGCGCUCGUCACCCCCGCCCCAACGACGCCCACCGCCCUCAGCGCCGCCGCACCCAUCAUGGCCCGAGACGCCGAUGCCCCCGCGGGCGUAAACACAGGCCCUUCCUCGUCGUCGUCCUCGUCCUCCGCCUCCUCCGCGACGCCCGAGAGUUCGAGCGUCUUGCAGAGUAAAGGCAUCCUGCAGUUCAGCCCCGAGCAGAUCGACUGCGUGUGCGAGACCCUCCUUCAGGCAGGAGACAUGGAGCGCCUCGGGAGGUUCCUCUCCAUCCUCCCGCUGCACGCCGAGGUCUCCCGGCCCUCGGAGGUCAUCCUCAGAGCCAAGGCAUCCGUGGCCUUCCACAGAGGGACGUUCAAGGAAGUCUACAGCAUCCUGGAGACCAACAGCUUCACGUCCAAAUACCACACGGAGAUGCAGAACAUGUGGUAUCGCGCGCACUACAAGGAGGCCGAGAAGAUCAGACAGCGACCUCUCGGAGCCGUCGACAAAUACCGCAUCCGGAAGAAAUACCCGCUGCCCAAGACGAUCUGGGACGGCGAAGAGACCAUCUACUGCUUCAAGGAGAAGUCUCGAGUCGCCCUCAAGGAGUGUUACAAGCAGAACCGAUACCCGACGCCUGACGAGAAGCGGAGCCUGGCGAAACAGACAGGCCUCACUCUAACGCAGGUGUCCAACUGGUUCAAGAAUCGCCGCCAGAGGGAUCGUAACCCCGCGCCCAGACCAGACCUCCUCCUGGGCCCCCACGGCGACGCCUCCGUCAUGUCGCACCACUUCGACCCGACCGGCCACGACAUGCGGGCCAUGUACGUCGCCAAGAUGACCUACGACCCGACCAAGAUGGGCUACGACCCGACCAAGAUGGGCUACGACCCGAGCUUGGGGAGCGUGGCCCCCCGACACAACAUGAUGAAGCCGGACAUGCUGGCGCAACACCUGAAGCCCGACGCCACGUCCCUCCUCCACCACUUCCCCAACAUGGCCGCCGCCGCCGCCGCCUCCUACUCCUACCCGGGAUACGACCCUUCGGCGCUGCAGGCGGUGACCACGGCGGUGCACCAGGAGAUGUGAGGCCACACGGGCGCGCCGCGGAAGGGCGGGUCGGGGCAAAGGACUUGGUGAAACAGGCGAACUUGCUACCACGUGGACGAGGCUCACGGGAAACCAGUUACCCGUCGGUUACUCAGUGGCGAUUACUCCCAGGAAAAGGGGAGGAUUCCGAAGGCUGCAAGGCGAGGAUUACCUUGUUUGUUUUGAAGUCAGUGCGAGUCCUUCUCAAGUUCCUCCCCGCGAGAAGGUCCUAUGUGGAGUGACUCCUGUGUCUCUCCCACGUACAUUAGUCACGGUUGAUGUGAGGAUACACGAGUAACUUGGAACUCGAUGCCCCGGGCGUGUGGCCAGGGCAUCGCUGUGACCCGUGAGGUGUUGGCUGGGUCAAGGGCUGGAGGUCAUCCCUAGGUGGUAAUCAUGGGUCACGGGUCAACCUCCCGAAAAGUGCUUCAUAAGUGACCGUAUCUUGAUGUCCCAGAACCCAAGCUCAACGGAACGGGGCUGAAGAACUACAGAAUACUGGCAAGGACCGUCUUCGGCAGCAACAUUUUAGUCAUGUGUAGGUGCUACUCGCUUCAUCUGUAUGCUGCGAAUUGUGAGAAAUGAACGGGUGAAUAUGAAAAAAAAGAAGCAUAACGUUUGACUUUCAUUGUUUCAUAUGAUGUGAAACAUAUGUUAAGUCAUGAAAAGUGUGAUAGAUAACGAUAAAUGAAUAAAGAAGCCUUUAUAGUUCUCACGAAACAAUAGUUAACGAGUGCAAAGUAUCUAAUCAAGCAAAAAUCCCAUGACAAGAUUUUUUUCUUCUGAAAUGUAAGUUAAAAGUCACUGUUACUUCUCGUACCGAAAGCGAGUUACCUACAGUGUGUCAUAACCUUGUCCACAUGCUAAAAGAAGGUGCAUAGUAACAGGUGAAGCGUAUUAAUGUAAUACUGUACAUAAAUUCCCUUUAGAUAAGUAUAGUUUUUAAGUAUUUAUGGAGUAUAUUCUGAGGCUUGUGUAAGAGAAGAUGGAGGCAGGAAGGGAGUCAUACAAUCCACCUGUCUGAAUCAGGUUUCUGAAAUACCGCAAUUUGUAUAAAAGAAAGGAAAUAGAUUUCAAAUGAUUCCUGGAACCGAAACCUUCUGAGUGUCAGGGAGAAUGAGAAGAGAAGAGACAUUUAUAUAUGUAUAUGUUAUUGGUUCAGAAAGUCACCCAUUCAUGCGGUGAUGAAGAACUUGUGUAAAAAAAAAUAUAACAGAAUACUGACUUGCGGACCUCAAUUUAGCAUUACGUCUUUACCCUUCUCUUAUGUUCUUUAACCCGCGUUCUCUUUGAAGUGAGAUCUCUCGUAAAUAUUAUUUGGAACGUCUCUCUUAAACAUUUACCGUAAUUCAUCACAUUUGGCGCAAAAGAGAGAAAAAAUAAAGCUAUGAGAACAGGGUCUUCAUCUGUGAUAAGUUUAACACUGCAUUAUUCCACAUAUUGUUCUUAUUUUAACAAAGGCUCUGUUGACAUUUCUCAUAUAUUCUUUAAGGCCUCAACAGCCAGUGAACAUGACAUUUCCAUGUGCUCAAUGGUAUAAGAGUGUUAGAACAUUUCAUUUGUAUAAAGUACAUUUUUUAUUCUUUAUGCCGAUCACAAAGUGCAUGCA